AUGUUGGCAAGACACAGUUUGAAACUCUUCAUUUUACCAAGAAGAGCAUUUAGUUCCACUAUAUUAGCUUUAAAUAAUGAUCCAUCCACCCUUUUAAACCCAUCAAAUAUUAUUAAUAACAAUAAUAACAAGUUAACUUCAGAUUUUAUUACCAACUUAGCUGAUAAGAGUUUAAAAUAUAGUAAUGCUAACAACAAUGAAUUGAAACAAUCCAUUAAAUCUAUAGACCUAGACUCUAAUCCCAGAGAAGAUGCUUUAACUUCUAAAAUGUUUGGUAUUAAAGCCGGUAGAACAGUUAGUGUUAUAAAGGGGAAUACCAGUGAUUCUUUUAGAGUUUUACAAAGUAUUGUAAGAGAAAAUAAUAUUGCUCAUGACAAAAGAAAACAAAGGUUUUAUUUAAAACCUGGUAAGCUUAGAGAAGCCAAGAAAUCCCAAAAACAUAGAAAAGAAUUCAUGAAGGGUUUCAAGAGAUUAAUUGAAAUUGUUAAAGAUGCAAAAAGAAAGGGGUAUUGA